UACGCUGGCCAGCGCCUCCUCGCGGGUGGAAUGCAUCAGCUAGCCUAGGCUGCUGCGCCUACUGACUGUAAGGCAGCAAGCGAUGGUGUAACUGGACGAACUACCGGGGCGCUGGACAAAUGCCUUCCCGAGAGGGGAGGAGGAGGAGGAAAGCAUAGCUGGGAAAAGGCAAAUCGUCGAGCGAAGCAACCAUGGAGAGGAUCCGGCCGAGACAAGAGCCUCCGGUUAGGACUUUCAGCAACUGAAGAAAUCCCUGCGAGCAACCCACCAGCUCCCCAACCUCCUCGGCCACCCACUGCCAGCAAGGUUCUGGAGAGUCGAAUCUAUACCAAGAGACGCGGGGGCGGAGCUGAGGUGAGGGCCAGCGGUUGCUGUUAAAGAGUUUAGGCCAAUCACCCUUCAGCUCCACUUCUCUCCACCAAUAGGAAGUGGCCUAGGGCGCAGAGGUGGAAAGUGCGGCUACAUGAGCAGGUGUCAGAGCCAAUCAUCUUUGGACCUCGUUCCUGUCCGCCAACCAGCAAGGAGAGCGGGCCUGUGGGCGGGAGGCCGGAGCAGCUGUCAGGCUAAAGUCCGGUAAGCUACGCGCUGCUGGACUGCAGGAGGAAACGCGGCGCCGGGCCGGGCCCUGGAGAUGGUCCCCGGCGCCGCGGGCUGGUAUUGUCUCGUGCUGUGGCUCCCCGCGUGCGUCGCGGCCCAUGGCUUACGCAUCCAUGAUUAUCUGUACUUCCAAGUGCUGAGUCCUGGGGAUAUUCGAUAUAUCUUCACAGCCACACCUGCCAAGGACUUCGGUGGUAUCUUUCACACAAGGUAUGAGCAGAUUCACCUCGUCCCUGCUGAACCUCCAGAGGCUUGUGGGGAACUUAGCAACGGCUUCUUCAUCCAGGACCAAAUUGCUCUGGUGGAGAGGGGGGGCUGCUCCUUCCUCUCCAAGACCAGGGUGGUACAGGAACACGGUGGGCGGGCCGUGAUCAUCUCUGACAAUGCAGUUGACAAUGACAGCUUCUAUGUGGAGAUGAUCCAGGACAGUACCCAGCGCACAGUUGACAUCCCUGCUCUCUUCCUGCUUGGCCGAGAUGGCUACAUGAUCCGUCGCUCCCUGGAACAACAUGGGCUGCCAUGGGCCAUCAUUUCCAUCCCAGUCAAUGUCACCAGCAUUCCCACCUUUGAGCUGCUGCAACCUCCCUGGACCUUCUGGUAGAAGAGUUGGUCCCACAUUCCAGCCUUAAGCAACUCUGAGCUGGGAAGGGGAUGCCCAGGAAUUGUACUAUUUGGAAUUUGGGGAUAACAUCUGGGGACAAGUGGAGCCAGGCAGAGGAAAAGGGCUUGGGCCAUAGAUAGGCUGAGAGAGGGAAGCCACACCACUGGCUUUCCCACCCCCAGGGACUCCAAGGACAUCUUAUGCUACAGGAGGAGGAAAGAGCCAGGCCCCCAGUGCUUCUGGCUAGAAUCUGGAUCAAAAGAAGAUAAAGGCAGGCAGCCUGAGAGCCAUCAGUGACCUGUCACAUCCCACCUGGUUCAGCCUCCCCGACCCAGGGUCUCCUCACAGUGACCUUACAGCAAUUGCUGGAGUGAUUUAAGGAACUGGUGUUUGGGACUCAAUAAACCAUCACUGACUUUUUAGCAAUAAAGCCUCUCAGGGUUGCA